AUGGGAACCGAUUAUGCCUCCUUUGUCUGCGAACAAGAGAAAGCCGUGCAAUGCGUUAAAUAUGUUGGCUACGUGCAGCAUGGUCUGGACGGUCUCUUCCUUGUGAUGGGCUUUAUGCAUGGCUCAAUCGGCCUUAACAAGAAUGACUAUCAACAGUCCUUUGGAGAUGGCGCCGUGAAGCGCGACCUUUCUUCGAGUCCUGACUGGAAUCUUCUUGAUCAAGUUCUUCGCAGCGAGGGCUGGAAAUUUGAUUCAAUGGAGCAAAUAAACGUCUCUAACGUUACCGUCACCAAGCGAGACUCUGAUCCUUCCCUUGUUCAUCGCACCAUUGCUCGUAAUGUGGCAGUUGACGAUCAGGGUAAUAGUUCUGAUAUCUCCUUCAACUUUUUUGACAACGGAGACUUCAACUUACACGUUGCCGGUGAUUCUAAUAGUCUUCCUUCUGGCACCAAAAAGAGCUCGAAUAUAAACAGGCGCUUCAGCGGUGCCGGGUUCAAGAUUGCAGCUACGACACGUGUACGUUCGAAGCUGACUCGCGCCCACCAGACAAAGAUGUCCUACUUUAUUGCGCAGGACUGGGCAAGCGAUACGUACAAGAUGUCGAUGUCGGAUUAUGUCGGACUGGUGAAGACCGACCACACCGCCAACUUUUACUUCCGUAUCAUUCCUGAGAUCAAGGGUUUCGGUCUCAACUACGAGAGUGUCAACGUUUGCGGCCAGCUAGGACAAUUCCUGUAA